UAAUAUAAUAGCAGUAUAUAGUUCUCUCCGCGUUGAUAAUGAGCUGGUAAUGAAUGAGAGAAAAUAAAGCGACAAGCGGACACGUUGAGAUCCGCGUCUUCUUCGCUUUCCUGAUGUCAGCGAAUAUAGAGGAACAGCUGAUCGAUGUCACAUAGAGCACGCUAACCGCGCGUUGUCAGUUGUCACGUCGUUUCGUCGCGAGACGUUUCCUUAGUAUCUGUCGAUUGUGUACACACACGCAGCAUUCCUGAUUAUAUCAACAAAAUCGAUAUACGGUUGCUCUUCUUACGGUCGCGCGGCGUCGCGUCAGUACUUGCCUCGGCUUUGCCAGGUUCAUUCGCCAAGGGUUCGUUAUGUCGGGCGAGCACAAGACGGGAAUUAAAUAUCCCUCGGAGUAUGUCAAAUUGAACAUCGGAGGCUCGCUCCAUUAUACCACGUUAGGCACUUUGCAAAAGCAUGAUACUAUGCUACGUGCUAUGUUUAGCGGUCGCAUGGAAGUGCUCACCGAUUCCGAAGGCUGGAUAUUGAUUGAUCGGUGCGGCAAACAUUUCGGGACAAUUUUGAAUUUUUUGCGAGACGGUUCAGUCCCAUUGCCAGAAAGUACAAAAGAAAUGGCAGAGCUACUAGCCGAAGCAAAGUACUACUGUAUCAGCGAGCUGGCUGAGUCUUGUGAACAGGCGCUUCUUCGGAAAGAACGUGAAGCAGAACCCAUCUGCAGAGUUCCCCUUAUCACUUCUCAGAAAGAAGAGCAGUUACUUAUAAGCAAUACUACUAAGCCUGUAGUCAAGCUGCUUAUUAAUAGACAUAAUAAUAAAUAUUCCUAUACGAGUACAUCAGAUGACAAUCUGUUAAAGAACAUAGAAUUAUUUGACAAAAUGUCACUUAGAUUCAGUGGUAGAGUGUUAUUCAUCAAAGAUGUAAUCGGUUCAAGUGAGAUUUGCUGUUGGACAUUUUACGGACACGGUCGUAAAGUAGCCGAAGUCUGUUGCCAUUCGAUCGUCUAUACGACUGAUAAGAAGCAUACAAAGGUUGAAUUCCCGGAAGCUCGAAUAUACGAGGAGACAUUGAACAUUUUAUUGUACGAGCAUCGAAACGGUCCGGAUCAAGAAUUAAUGCAGGCAACGUCUUCGCGCGGCGUGGUACCCUGUACGUCCGACGAAGAGGAGGGUGAGCGUUCAGGCUUGGCUCGCCUUCGUUCCAACAAACAAAACACCAACUGACCCAGUCUUGUUCUCCUCAGUCCACCACAUACUGCGAUUCUCAGCGUCGUUCGUUCUUUCAAGACACGAAUCAAUAUAAAAUAAGACAAAAAUACGAAGUAUACCAAGCACAAAUACCAUAUGAUACUUGGUUAUUGUCUAUCGGCCGAGUCAAAUUUCUUUUUUUCUUUCAUCCCUGUGCAUAGAACACUAGAAGAAAACUAGAAACUUUGAUCGGACGAUUAUCUCAAUACAUUUCUUACAUUACAAUCUUAAUUUCGCGCAUAAUUCUGUUGAAAAUAUAUCUAGAAAAAAAUACACAUCAACUCCGUAGUUAACGUAAAAUGGAAUGACAAAUUUGUGUCUUUAAGUUUCUUCGCCUUUGCUAUUCUUGUUAUACAAGUGUGUUUAUAAGUGUAUAUAAAUGUGCGAAUAAGAGAGUGGCAUCUCCCCUUUAUUAAUUUCAAUUUGUAAAUCAUAUAAAUGUAAACGCUUUACGCGUUUACCAUUCAUGUGCCAAAUUGUUACAUUAAAUCCGCGACAGAAAUAAUCCAAGUUGCCAUUCUGUGACUGAUAAAAUUAUUUAUGAAUUUAUACUCUAUAACAACUUUUAAGCAGUCAUUUAGAUUAAUCAAACUGUUACAAAAAUUUUUGUU